AUGUCUGCCAUGGAAGUGACAGAAACGCCUACAGCUGAAUCGGAGCAGAUGAAAGAGCAGGUCGAGGAGAUGCACCAGCAAAAAGUUGAGGAAGCAAAAAAGGAAGAGACACCAGUGCAGGAGGAAGCAACAAAAGCAGUUGAUAGUACACUGUCUCAUCCUUCAGCUACUUCCGAAAAUAUUGAAUCAAACGCAGAAUCGGAAAAGAAGGAUGCACCUCAGGCUGGUCUAGAGAGUGGAAGUGGUGAUACUGCGACAACAGCGACUACCACCAUCCCGACGCGCCAAUAUCUAGAUCAGACUGUUGUUCCCAUUCUGUUGCAAGCCCUAGGAGCACUGGCCAAAGAACGUCCACCAAAUCCGAUCGAAUACCUGGCCAACUAUUUGCUGAAGGAGAAAGAUCGUUUUUCGGCAUCAUUCAGUCAGCAACAACAGCAGCAGCAGCCAAAUGAGUCCAGUCAUUGA